AUGGAGGAUCGUUUAGUUAGAUGUCAUGACAAAGGAAUUAGUUAUAUAUGUAAAGUGUGUGAUAAACCUAAUGUUUUUACAUGUGAUGUAUGUGAUAGAGGGUUUAGUCAAUAUAGGUAUCUACAGACCCACAUGAGAACACAUACUCGAGAAAAACCUUAUAAACACAUGAUAAUACAUACUGGUCACGACGAUAAACUGUAUAAAUGUGAUGUUUGCGGGAGAGGGUUUAAUAACAAAUGGUACUUGAAGAACCACACAGCAACACACACUGGUGAAAGACCUUUCAAAUGUGAUAUAUGUGGUAAAGGUUUCAUUCAGAAUAUUGACCUACAGAGACACAUGAGUACACAUACUGGUGAUAAACCGUAUAAAUGUGAUGUAUGUGGGAGAGGGUUUAAUACCAGUUCGUACCUGAAGAGACACAAAACAACACACACUGGUGAAAGACCUUUCAAAUGCGAUAUUUGUGGUAAAGGUUUCAUUCAUAAUUGUGACUUACAAAGACACAUGAGAAUACAUACUGGUGAUAAACCGUAUAAUUGUGAUGUAUGUGAUAAGGGAUUUAGUCAAAAAGGUCACUUACAAACACACAUGAAAAUACAUACUUGCGAUAAACCUUUUAAAUCUGAUUAA